AUGCGGACCUGCGUGCGGCGUUUGCUUCGCGGAGUGGAUGUGGUGGGUGUAGUGGAUGCCGCAUGGUGGGCGGGGGCGUGUGCAGGACGUGUUGGUGUGGGUGAACCACGCCCCGAGACCGGUGCUGUUGUGCAUGGCUGUGCAUGCAUGCAUGAUGCAUGCAGGAACGGACCGGUUGUCACCCGCAGGCGUAGGGAAGAGAGUCAGGAGGGGCAGGAGGGGCAGGAGGAGGGGCAGGAGGGGCAGGAGGGGCAGGAGGAGGGGCAGGAGGGGCAGGAGGGGCAGGAGGGGCAGGAGGGGCAGGAGGGGCAGGAGGGGCAGGAGGGGCAGGAGGGGCAGGGAGGAGGAGCAUAG